AUGGACAUAUUAAAAAUUAAUGCAACAAACUUAGUUAACAGUGUAGAACCUUUUGUUAGUGGACGCUUAGUAAACUAUAAAGCAAAUAUAAUAAUAAAAAAUGGAAUGCAACCAAGUUAUUUUGAAUCUCGACCCCUUUCAAUUCAUAUACAACCAUUAGUAAUAAAUAAACUUAAUAUAAUGAUACAACAAGGAUUGCUUAAAAAAGUUCCACCUGGUGGAAGCAAAUGGGCUUCACCACUUGUUGUUAUCAGAAAACAAGAUGGAGAUCUACGUAUAUGUACCGAUUACAAAAUAGGAGUUAAUCAAAAGAUUUGUUCAGAUUCAUACCCUAUUCCAAAUAUUAAGAAUGUAUUUCAUAAGAUAGCAGGAAUGAAGUACUUUGCCAAAAUUGACCUCAAGGGAGCAUAUCACCAAAUUGAGAUGGACAAAGAUGCACAGGAAAUAACAACAAUUAACACACCUAUCGGAUUGUUAAGAUGCUUGCCUUUUGGUAUAAAAACUGUGAGUGCUAUAUUUCAAAGAGCAAUAGAAUCUAUUGUUGGGAACAUUCCUAAUAUGAUUAUAUUUCAAGAUGAUAUAUGUGUUGGUGGAUAUGAGCUAUCUGAGAAGGGAGUUACUCCAGAUCAUAAUUUAGUUAACAAAAUACUCCAAAUCAGUCCUCCCAACGAUAAAAAAGAACUUGAAUCAUUUAUAGGAUUAGUAAACUUUUAUGGUCGACAUAUUGAAUGA